AAAUCAAUCUCAUCAAGUUAUCAUCAAUUGAAUUUGUUGAGUCCAAAAUGAACUCUGAAACCCUGAUUGCCCCUGAUUAAUCUUUUCAUAUUUUAGAAGGGCUCACAAAAAUUCUUGAGUUAUCAUUUUUUUCAAAAAAAAAAAAACGAAUCGGAAGGUCGGAGAGGAAUGAAGAGGAGGAAAUGUUAUGAUAAUAACAAACCGGUCAGUCUGUGGGAGGGUCGAGGUGAGGUGGAAUUCCUUAUCAGUACAUGGAUGAGAGAAUUCAGAUAGUUUCUUUUUCAGAAAUUUAGAUGAAAUUUGAAUUAAAUAAGUGUUGUGAAGCUUCUCGCGAUACUUUAUAUUAAUAGUUAUCAAAAAUCAUUUACUGAAUAAAGUAAAGUAGCGUUUUUGUACAACAAACUACGAGUGAAAUGAUCUAAUCUCUUCUAGUGUUUCAUCCGCAGUAAACCGAACAAGAUUCUCCAGAAAUGAAAUGCUUAUUAAUUUUCGACAGUUUGAACGAUAUAAUUUUCAUGAAACACAAUGAUAUUUUCUGCAAGUACAUUCAAAAACUCGCCGUACUACAGGGUUUAAUUCCAGAAGAAAGUAAAGAUGCUCAUCGAACUGAUUUUAAAUUGGAAGCUGAUAUCGUUAUGCAAUUAUUCUCUCCCUUGAUUACAUCGCAACGUGUCAUGUUGAAUCAUUUUUCAAACCCUUAUUCAAGCAUUGCAUGUUAUGAUGGCCUCAACAUAAUAUUCGAUGAAUUUGUUGGUUAUUUGUUCGUUGCAAUCGGAUACGACAGCGUAUAUUGGUUGAAAAGAUACCUUGGUGUUUUCCUGUCCAUAGUCAAACAUGUUUGUGGGUUAGAUUUAUCGACAUUGAAAGCGAACAAAAGUAUUACUACUUUGAUCAGUAGAUUAUUAGAUGUGUGGUACAGUCGUAUAGCCACAGAACAAACUUACUUAGUCGAAGCUAUCGAACAAUUACGCGUCCCUUCAAAGGUUUCAUCGAUUUGCUUGAAAGCAUUGACCGAAUCUACCGAAAAAAUCAAAUCAUCUGUCUCCGUUUCUCAAGUACAUGCAUUCAUAAUGGUUGAUCAUCGUUUUCUCUGUCUUUAUUCUACUCGAAACGCAGCGGAAUUAUUGCUGAGUGAUGUUACGUUAUUAUCAUUAGUCGGCGAAGCUGUCGAACCAAUUUUUGAUGGAAAUAGCUCUCAUAAAACAUGCGAUGAAGACAAGGAACCGGCUAAAUAUGAAAAAUCGAAAUUGCAAUCGAAUUACGAAAUCAGAGACACGAUGGAUGAUUUUGUGUUUCUAUUGGGGAAACAGAAACCAUACGCCGUUCAUGUUUCUCAUAUCGCUCGAAACAUUCCAAUAUUUCUACUUUACGAGAUUUGCAACGAUCACGUGAAUAGUGCAUUAUACGAGACAUUGCAGUCAUUAUGUUCAUUACAUGAUUUACACGCUAGAGGCACCACAGACAGAGAAGUAAUUCAUUCUUGCGUCGAAGUAGUUGAUAAUUCGUUCAAGAAACUCACAGAACUCUUCAAAAAGAAAUCAUUCUCGUCAAAUUUGGAUAAAACUUGUUUAAAUAAUUUCAAAGUGACCAGUAAGAAAUGGGAUGCUCUUAGAAAACAAUAUCAAGAAUAUUUAAAAACUCAUAACAUCGAAUGGUUGCAGAAAAUUGAUUCAACGGUUGAUAGUAUCAUCUCGAUGUUCAGAAGUAUUUAUUCGAGUUGUGUUUUCAACCUGUCCAUUGCUCAUUCUAACCAUAAAGCCAUUCUUCCCAUUAUUCAAAAUAUUCAGAGAACUUUACGAAAUGUUAAGGAAAUUUUAAAUGAAUCAGAAGGCGGCUCUCUGGGAAUUGGAUUGAAAUCAACUUUAAAUAUUAACAAAUAUUUGGAAGAAUUUCCGGGUCUAGUCCAUUUCAUCUACAUAGAUCGCAUCACUCAUCGAUUUGUGGCACCUUGCUUAGACUUUUCUUCAAAAGAAACGACCAACAUGACGCGUAAAAAAGUUUGGAACAUGGUUAAAUUCGCGUGGUCUCAUUUGCAAGAAGGCCGAACUGCAUUGAUGUGGAAAGAUUCUAUUUUCAAUUAUUCCCAUUUUCUCUGGUUUGAAGAUGUCUCGGGAACGCCAUUGAAACCUAAAAUAAGCCCAACGGCGGUAGUCAAAACUUUACCCCAACUAGGCUAUCUGCAUGGAGAUUUUUAUCAUCAGUUGAUCAAAAAAUGUUUUCCAUCUGUAUCAACUCAAAGAAUACGUUGUUACGAAUUAUUCUCCGUUCAUUUAGGCCUAGUUACGUCAUCUUGUGUUCUGGAGCAAUCUAGAAGGCUAACAGCUACUAUUUGGGAAGUCACCGGCGUUCCCACCAAUCCUUUGGAUUUACUUUAAAUCUUUGUGGGUGUAAAUUAAUGAUUAUGUGCAAUAUUUUUUAUUGUUUCAUUUUUAUAUUAUUUUGUGUUUUUCCUCUUAUUUUUUCAAUUGUUCAAAAAAAAAAUUUAAUAAACAAUUUGUAAUAUUAA